CUGCCAGGGCGCCACGAGAUAAACCUGCUUACCCACGCGUCCAUGCAGACACUGACAUUCUGCGGCUCGCGUUUUGACGUAUGACGAAAUGACUUCCAUUUUGUAUUAAUAGCGAGUGCACUCAUAGCUUCUCAGUAUGGCGCCUGUUUUUUUUUCGCAAAUCGAUUGUUUCUCAUCUCAUCCAAGCCUCAGUCCAAUUGCGUCGACAAAGAACACCGUUAUUGCAUCGUCAACGCCACUACCUACUUGUUAAGCGGAUAAUAUCGACAAAGUCGCCAUCAUGGGUGACCUCGGACAUGAACAGGAGCCAACUCAUGAAAAUGACACCAUGUUCCAGGCUUUCGAAUGGAACGUCCCAGCAGACAAACAGCACUGGAAGCGGCUGAAAGAAGCCGUCCCGAAACUGAAGGCCAUCGGAGUUGACAACAUUUGGCUUCCGCCAGGUUGUAAAGCACAGUCAGCAGAGGGCAACGGUUAUGAUAUCUACGACCUUUACGAUUUGGGCGAAUUCGAACAGAAAGGGGGCAAGUCGACGAAAUGGGGACCGAAAGAGGACUUGGUUGAGCUUUGCAAGGUGGCCAAAGAGAAUGGCAUCGGCGUCUACUGGGACGCGGUUCUGAAUCACAAAGCCGGAGCUGACAAGACGGAGCGAUGCCGUGUUGUCGAGGUUGACGAGAACGACCGCAACAAAGAGACAUCGGAACCUUACGAAAUUGAAGGAUGGUUGGGCUUCGACUUCCCAGGCCGAGGAGACAAAUACUCCAGCAUGAAGUGGCACUGGGAGCAUUUUGGUGGCACCGACUGGAACCAGGAGAAUGAGCGCAAGGCCAUCUAUAAGAUCAUGGGCGAUCACAAGGAGUGGUCACAAUCCGUUGGCGAUGAGCAGGGAAACGCCGACUAUAUGAUGUUCGCCGACAUCGACUAUUCACAUCCAGAAGUCCAAGACGACGUCAAGAACUGGGGCACAUGGAUCACUAAGGAGUUGGGACUCAAGGGCUUCCGUCUCGACGCCGUGCAACACUUCAGUCAACGGUUUACGAACGAAUGGAUCGACAACUUGCGUGAUGAGUGCGGCAAAGACAUGUUCAUCGUUGGCGAGUUCUGGACCGCAGAAACCGAGCCGAUGAAGGAAUGGUUGGAGACGAUGGACCACAAAUUUUCCCUUUACGACGCGCCGCUCGUCUACAACUUCAGCCAAAUCAGCACAACCGAGAGCGGCGAUUUGAGAAAAGUCUUUGAUGGCAGUUUAGCGCAAGAGAAGCCCGUCAACGCGGUGACUGUGGUCAUGAACCAUGACACACAGCCAGGACAGACCAUGGACACAAAGAUUGAAGGUUUCUUCAAACCUCUCGCGUACUCUCUCAUCUUGCUCCGUCAAGAGGGCUACCCGUGUCCCUUUUACGGAGAUCUUUACGGGAUGAAGAAGGACUCGGAGCCACCAUCCUGCGGCGGGAAGCUUGCCGACCUGAUGCUCGCUCGCAAGCUCUUUGCCUACGGUUCUCAGGAGGAUUACUGGGACGACGCAAAUUGCAUCGGAUUCGUGAGGCGGGCAACCUGGGAUAAACCGGACGGGCUCGCAUGUGUGAUGAGCAACAAGGGCCCGGGCGAGAUUCGCAUGGCGGUCGGCCAAGAACACAUCGGUGAGCGGUGGACGGACUUGCUGGGCUGGGAGGAGGGCGAGGUGGUCAUUGACAAUGAGGGUUUUGGUGUUUUCAAGUGCCCAGGUGUCUCGGUGUCUGUGUGGGUUAACAAGGAUGCUGAAGGUCGCGAAAGAUUCCCUACCAACUUUGAUUCGAACAUUUACCAGGAAUAGGUGCGUGGAUCGUACCUAUUCGAGCAAAAGUCUUGAUUUGGAUACAAGCUGCACCGGCAUAUUUCAACAUCCCCCCACUCCUCGCAUUUACCUAGUAAUUAAUGAUAUUUUCAAUUCCUGUUGAUUUUGCUGGCAAUUGGGCUGGUUUCAUCUGUGUUGAACCCAUGAUUUCGUGGGGAUGAAUGCCGUGUGUAAGAGGAGGGCCAGCCGGGAUACGGAGUAUUUGUGACGUGAAUACAAAAUACGAUAACCUGCCUCAAGUUUUCAGACUUUGAAUGCGCAAGCUGAGAGUUAAAAGGAGAGGUUGGCUCCGAGUGUACAUGUAGUAUCUCUU